CAGAUGCAGAACAGGGAGGCAAUGAGCCCUCAGGACUCCAAGGCACCGGGGGCAGAGGCCAUGGAGGGACACAAGGCCCGGAGUCACAAUCGGGGGUCUAUGGAGCCCACGGCGCCCCCGCUUCCUCCUCCUUCACCGCCACCGACGGGGCCGCCGGAAUACCCGCCGAGGCCCCGGCUGGUUUUCCACACUCAGCUGGCGCACGGAAGCCCGACGGGACGAAUCCACGGAUUCACAAAUGUCAAGGAGCUGUACGCCAAGAUCGCCGAGGUUUUCAACAUCUCUCCCUCAGAGAUUCUCUUCUGCACCCUCAACUCCCACAAAGUGGACAUGCAGAAGCUACUGGGGGGUCAGAUCGGACUGGAGGACUUCAUCUUUGCUCACGUCCGAGGCGAGACGAAGGAGGUGGAGGUGACCAAGACGGAGGACGCGUUGGGCCUCACCAUCACGGACAACGGAGCUGGCUACGCAUUCAUUAAGCGGAUAAAGGAAGGCAGCACCAUGGACCAACUGAAGAGCGUUUGCGUGGGCGAUCACAUCGAGGCCAUCAACGAGCAAAGCAUUGUGGGAUGUCGACAUUAUGAAGUAGCCAAGAUGCUGAAAGAGCAACCAAGAGGCGUUCCCUUCACCCUCAGGCUGGUCGGACCCAAGAGGGCUUUUGACAUGAUCGGAAUGAGGACCAAAGCACCCAAGUCUAACGAGGGCAAGAUGGUCAAUGGAAGGGAGACUUUACGUCUCCGCUCCAAGGGUUCCGCUACCGUUCAGGAAGUGCAGAAUGAGUUUGAGGAACAGGCCACCAUGAAAGUGGACGACCUGCUGGAGAGCUACAUGGGCAUCCGUGAUUUAGAGCUAGCGACCACCAUCGUGGAGGCGGGCAAAGACAAGAAGAACCCCGAUGACUUUGCGGAGGCCCUGGACUCGGUUCUGGGGGACUUCGCUUUUCCCGACGUCUUCUUAUUCGAUGUCUGGGGAGUAAUCGGGGAUGUGAAAAACGGCAGAAUGUAGAUUUUUUUUUUAUGGAGACCUCGGAGCCGUGCUCUCUUGGCACAUCCAAUUAGAAGACGGCAUUGGAGCCUUCUCUUUUCUUACAUGAAUGUUGCAUUCAUUCAUUCAUUCAUUCAUUCAUUCAUUCAUGUUUAAUGCUAGCAUACAUUUAACAUUUAUGCCAGAAUCACUUCCUUCGAAAAACAUAGCAGGAACUGAAAUUGUAUCAUCAUGUCUGACUGGUUUACAUGAUCAAUAAUUCAUUAUUAU